GCUGACACCUGCCUAUAUUACAGUGCGAGAGCCCUAAGUCCAGCACACUCAUCCCCACCACAAACAAAUAUUAAGUCAGUGGAAGGAAGAAAGGAGGAGAAGAAGAAAAAAGGGUGGUGGAGAAAGAGAGCUGAACAUAAUCCUAUCCAAAAGUACCUAGCUAUGACUUCAAGUAAAAUUGAGAUGCCUGGAGAAGUUAAGACAGAUCCUGCUGCCCUGAUGGCAUCUUUACAUCUCUUGCCUUCACCCACGACAAACCUUGAAGUUAAACACACUAAGAUUUUUAUCAACAAUGAGUGGCAGACUUCAGAGAGUGGGAAGGUAUUUCCAGUCUACAAUCCAGCAACUGGAGAGCAAAUUUGUGAAGUACAAGAAGCAGAGAAGGCUGACGUGGACAAAGCUGUAAGGGCUGCCCGCUUGGCAUUCUCUCUUGGGUCAGUGUGGAGGAGAAUGGACGCAUCAGAACGGGGCAGGCUCUUGGAUAAGUUAGCUGACCUAGUGGAGCGAGACAGAGCUGUCCUUGCAACUCUUGAAUCCCUAAACAGUGGGAAGCCAUUUUUGCAGACUUUUUACGUGGAUCUUCAAGGUGUUAUAAAAACGUUUCGGUAUUAUGCUGGCUAUGCUGACAAGAUACAUGGAAUGACUAUCCCAGCUGAUGGGGAUUAUCUCACAUUUACAAGGCAUGAACCCAUUGGAGUAUGUGGUCAGAUCAUUCCUUGGAACUUCCCCCUGCUGAUGUUUGCGUGGAAGGCUGCUCCGGCACUCUGCUGUGGCAAUACGGUGGUAAUUAAGCCUGCUGAACAAACUCCACUCACUGCUAUGUAUAUGGGCGCACUCGUCAAGGAGGCUGGGUUUCCACCCGGGGUUGUCAAUAUUUUGCCAGGGUAUGGUCCAACCGCAGGCGCAACAAUAGCUUCUCACCCUGGUGUAGACAAAAUUGCUUUCACUGGGUCAACUGAGGUAGGAAAACUCAUCCAAGAAGCAGCUGGAAGAAGUAAUCUGAAGAGGGUGACACUUGAGUUGGGUGGGAAAAGUCCCAACAUCAUCUUUGCAGAUGCAGACUUGGAUUACGCAGUUGAGCAAGCACACCAAGGUGUCUUCUUCAACCAAGGACAGUGUUGUACUGCAGGUUCUCGAACCUUUGUAGAAGACUCAAUUUACGAUGAAUUUGUAAGAAAAAGUGUUGAACGUGCAAAGAGAAGGAUAGUUGGGAGUCCUUUUGAUCCAACUACAGAACAAGGCCCCCAGACUGAUAAGAAACAAUAUAACAAAAUCUUGGAACUCAUCCAAAGUGGGAUUUCUGAAGGAGCCAAACUGGAAUGUGGCGGCAAACCACUAGGGAGAAAAGGAUUGUUUAUAGAACCAACAGUUUUCUCCAGUGUUACGGAUGAAAUGAGGAUUGCGAAAGAAGAGAUUUUUGGACCUGUUCAGCAAAUACUACGGUUUAAAACAAUGGAAGAAGUUAUAGAGAGAGCCAACAACUCUGACUUUGGUCUAGUAGCAGCCGUUUUUACAAAUGAUAUCAACAAAGCCCUCACUGUUUCUUCAGCAAUGCAAGCUGGAACUGUGUGGAUAAAUUGCUACAAUGCCCUCAAUGCUCAGAGCCCCUUCGGAGGAUACAAGAUGUCGGGCAAUGGAAGAGAAAUGGGAGAGUAUGGAUUGAGGGAGUACACAGAAGCAAAAACCGUCACCAUAAAGAUCCCUCAAAAGAACUCCUAAAAAUAAAAUCUAAUGUAAAUUAAUUUACUUUCCACCGAGUGUGGGGCUUCAGCAUGGCCUUGAUUCCUGUUCACCAUCAUUUUUAACUGACUGGGAGUUGAUAUAUGCUGGGUUAUUCAUCUUUGGUAAAGAAUUUAGAUGGCCAUCUCCUGGUUUUAAAAAUGUAUCUGGACCCACCCUCAGGAAUACCAUGCAACAUAUCAUGAUAUAUGUAAGCAGGAUCUGUACAUGUAAUCAAAAAUCCUUAAAAUCAGUCUUUGGGUCUAGACACAUUUCUACAUAAUUAAAACGGAAAAUGUUUAUUAUAAUUGUAAUGUAUUUACAGUAGUAGUUUGUUGUAUUUUAAAUAUGAAGUAUAAAUGUAAAAUACAGAAUGGGAUUUUUUUUUAUUAUUUUAGGAUGUUUAACACAACCACAUACCCUUUGUUUCAAGGCAUUAUUUAAAAUUAACAUAAAAAAAUUGGCUUUGGAAUAGAAGUCUCCAAAAACCUAACCACACAUGGCUACUCUGUUCAGUCUUUGCUGCUCAUUUUAAAUGCAAUAAUUUAAUGUUUGAAGGAUCCCUUUUUUAUUUUUUGUAUAAUUUUUUUUUUUAUUGAAUUUUAAUUGUAUAGUUUUUAUUAGAAAAUGCAAUAGUUUAAACAUAAGUUCUAGAGGUUUCUGAUUACGUCAUAUUCUGUAAAGUCAGCCCUGACCUUCUAAAUAACAUACGAAAGCCUCCAUUACUUGCUUUAUUGCAUAAUAAAAACACGCUAGAUAA